AUGUACAAAAACAAAAUAUUACAAUCAAUAUUUAAGACAAACAAUUACACUCAUCACUUUAACCCCAUAACGAAGUGGUUAAGUAGUGUUGCAAACGAAAGUGCUUUAUUAGACGAAAAUUUGACCAAACGUUUGGAAACUGUAUCUCUAGUUGGAUUUUCAAAACAAAGUGGUUUCGAAGUUUUAAGUGCUUCUGUAAAGUUUGCUGAUUGUAUUACACACAUAAAAACCACUGAAGUGCUACCACUUAUUACUGUUCUAGAAACUUGGUAAGUUACAACAAUACUACAUAAUUAUCAAAAAACCCGUGAUCAAAAUAAAUCAAUAUAAUUGAUAAAAAUAUGUGUUUCUUCUAAAUGUAUACAUUUCAGUUAUUUAUAACUGCUCAAUGUAGAAUAUCUAAAAUGGAUUCAUAAUAUUUUUAUUUGUAUAAUUAAUAAUACUAUUUUUGACUGAUCAUUUUUUAUUUUAUAUUGAUUUUUUUUGAAAAUAAAUCCUUUAGUGAUAAACAAAUACCUAUAAGAAAUAAAAUGCACAGUAUCCCAAUGGUUUGAUUAUUUUAAAUAUAAAACCUUUAAACACUCAUUAAAUUAUCCCAUAUGUAUUUGUGAUACUUUAUUUGUAUGUAAAUAACAAUAUAUAUAUAUAUUUAUUUAUUAAUAUAAAACUAUGUUUAAACUACAAACAAUAAAAUCUAUACAGAAUAUUAAUAAAACAAUAUACUUUAGUCCUUAACAGGAUACAGAAAAUAUGCCUAUAUAAUAUUUAAUGAUCAACUUAUAUAGGUAAGUUUUUAUUAAGAAGGUUUUAACUUUAUAUUUGUAUACAUUUAAUUUAUGAACACUUGUACCUAUCUAACUUGGGAGAAAAAAAUUAUGUAGGUAGGUAGUAUACCUACAUUAAAAAAGUUUGACUGACAAAAAUAAGAUAUUAUAAUCAUAUUUACUGUCUCAGCCUAACUAACGCGCAACCACAAACCUAUAAACUAGUUUGUAAGUCUAUGCGUGCAACAUAGCAAAGUUACAUUACUUAGAACAUACAUUAUGGCUUUUAGAUUGAAAUUAGAGUUUAUUUACAUAUAACGAAACAAUUUUUUUUGUCAAAUAAUUUGAAUCGUGCAAUCAGUAUAGAUAUUUAUAUAAUAAGUAUAUUUUUGAUACAAGUAUAUGAAUAUAUUAUUUACAACAUAAAAAUAAAAAAAAAUAAUAAUAAUUAUAAAUUUAACUAGAUUUAAGUUUUUAGUAAAUAGGCUUGAUUGGUUUGAUUAAAGAUAUUAUUUAAUAAUAUGAUUUCAUAACAUGGAUGUCUGUAGUUAUUCAGCCAGUGGGUCUUAGCAUCAUUUAUGUUUCAAAUGCCUACCAUGGUCACAUGGGAUAGUAUAGGAAGAGAGGUCUCGAAUGAGGGGAUUUUGUGAACUUUUUAUGGUUUGGACUUUUUAAAUGGAAGCAUUUGUUCAAUGUUUGACUAUGUUUAUUACAGUCAGGAUGUAGAGUCUGAUAAAAAUCAUUUGGUACUUAGAAUACAUGCAUUGGAUUAUCUGGUAAAGACAUUUGGGAGGUUUUGAUUCUGAUUUUAUUUGAAAUCUUGGCUAAAUCCCAAAAUUAAAUACCGUAGAAUCAGACAGAUUAGAAAAAUGAUAACAAAAUCUAUUAAAGAGAAUAUUUUCAAGGGAAGAACAUUUCUCCUUAUCUAUCUCAAACGAAAAAGUUACAACCAUUUUAAACAUAAAAAAUUAACAUGCUUCUCACAUUUUUGUUUGGCAAUAUUUUAGAAAUAAAAUCAGCUAUUAUAACAAAUAGUCUCCUCUUUAAAUAUUAUUAGGAUCUGUGUUUACAUACCAAUUUGAACCAUAAACACUGCAAUUAUGUUUUAGUUAACGUGAUUUUGAUAGCAUUUAUCUCAUGUGCUUGUAUAGCACAUGCGUUAGACUUAAACAGUAAUUGCAGGUACCUGAUGACUUCUUUUAAUGAUAAAAAGAAAAUUAAUUAUUUACAUUUAUUUAUCAGUAGUUAAAUACUAUUGAGAUUUUUAGAAAAUUAUUAAGGAUGCAACUGUUACUAAAUAAGUAAUAAUGACAAUUUUCUAUUUAUCAAUAAAAAAUAGGCUACUGGCGUAUCUAGAGAAAAAUGAUAUUCUUCCAAUAACACAAUUUGGUUUCAGAAAAAAUAUUAUUACGAAAUACACUAGCAUACUUAACAAAAGAACUAUAUUCAGGCAUAGAUAAAAAAAAUAAAAUUAUAAGAGUAUUGAUGGGCCAUAGUAAGACCUUUGAUAGCAUUUCACACAACAUAUGUACUAAGUAUCUUUCAUAGAAAUAACUGACAAAUCUUUCUCAUUGUUUAAAUCAUAUCUUCACAAACGAAAACAGCAGGUUAAAAUUAAUAAUCAUUGUAGUAAAGAAAAAAUAAUUACAAAUGCUUCAUUCCAAUAGGCCUAAGGCUUAUAAAAAAUAUGCCCAGCGCAUCGUGGAAUUGCUUAUCAUAUGAAAACUUUAAAAAGUUUGUUAGAUAAUGGUUAUUACAAACAAAAUUUGAAAUUUAAAAAAUACUGACAACUCACUAUAAACCAACUGUAAUCACCUCUUAUCCUCAAUUUACUUCUAUUAAUCUACUUACUUUAUGUUAUAUAAGGUUAUAUUAUUCUAUUAAACACCAAUAAUAACCUAAUUUUACUCUUGUUAUAUUCAAUGUAUAUGUUAAUCAUUUAUUUUAUUUUUUUGUAAAUAUUUGUAAAAAUUAAUAUUAGGUACCAUUUUGUUAUUAAUAUAAGUACUUAUUGUUCCACAAUAUAAGGGUAGACCUUAGUGUAGAGCAAUUUCUCAUUUUUCUAUAUUUUUCUGUAAUAUUUAAGUAUGUUUCUCAUAACUAGAAUAAAUUAUUAUUAUUAUCUGUCUUGAAGUCACUAUUAUAAGAUAAUUUUUUUUUAAUGUAGAUCCUGGAUUCAAAUAUGGCAAAAACUAAAAAUACAGCAGCACCAAAGAAACAAAAAGUAAAAUGGACUACAAAAAAAAUGAAUUUAAAAAAAAAGGCUGCGCCAGAAAAUGUUGAGAAUAUUAAUUGCAAUGAUACAAAUGUUCUUGAAUUAAUGACAAAACAUCCAGAACUAAAUCAAACAUUUGAAUAUAUUUUGUAUUCUAAUAAGUACAAACAUACAAUUACUGAUGUUACAAAUAUUAUAAAAAUGCUUAUGUCUAAAUUGGAUGAACUGCAUAAUGAUAAGGUUGACCUUAAAAAUACUUAUGGAACAAUUAAUCUUAACUAUAAAAUUAAAGGUUUAGUCCAGAGUACUGCAAUUAAUUUAUCUCAUGUAGUUGAUCAAUUAAAUGUGAAUGAAUCUACAUUCUUAAAUUUUGCACGCAACUUUACGCCACAGAAAGUAACAAAUGAAAAAGCUACAGAUAAUUUAAUACCUUGUGAUUCGAAUAUGGUUUCAGAAGAACCUAUUGUUAAUAGUUCUCCUAUGUACAACGACAAUCAUCCAAAUUCAUCAUCUAUAGAUAUAAAACCUGAAAUAAAAGACUGUCCUAAUACAGAUAUAUUUGGUUGUAAUUACACUAUUAUAUUAUCAUCAGAUGAUGAGGAUGAAGAAUCAAAUGGUACGACUAGCAACAUAAGUUCAACUAAAAUUAAACCUAAAAAUGAUGAUCAAGACAUAGAAAAUUAUAUAGUAGGAUCAGAUAUAAAAGAUAUUUUAUUAUUUGAUAAUGAAGCAGCUUCUUCAUUUAAUAAUACUAUAUCAUCAGUUUCAUCACAGCAUUUAACAUCUUUACCAAAAGCUAAAAAAAUUAAGCAAAUAGUGUCUGAUGAAGUUGUAUAUGAAGCAAGAAAGUCAGACUUUAGUUUAAGAAAACGAUUAAUUGAACGUAACCGUGAAAUGUUGGUAUUAGUAACACAAUUAAAUCUACAGAGACAUAAUAUAGUAUUGGAAUUUGAUACAGUUUCCAAAACACCCUUUUUAACGAUUCAUAAAGACCUAGCAAAAGUUUUAAAAAAACAUCAGAUAGAAGGUAUUCGUUUUUUGUGGAACACAGUUUUUGAAACUAUAGAUAAGACUAAUAAUACAAAUGGCACAGGGUGUAUUUUAGCACAUAGAAUGGGCGUAGGAAAAUCGUUGCAAAUCAUAGUUUUAAUGUAUACAAUACUUUGCCAUAGACAAAUUAAUAUAAAAACCUUUUUAAUAAUUUGUCCUCCUGGAUUAAUUUAUAGUUGGAUGGAUGAGAUAUUUAAGUGGUUAAAAGAUAUUGACAAACAUGAAGUGAUCAAAGUGUAUGAUUUACCUAAAACAAAUAAAUUAUACAAUAUAACAAACAUAGCUACAUGGCAAUCUAAAGGUGGAAUUCUUAUACUUAGCUAUGAUAACUUUAAGUCAUUAGUUAAUUGUAAACAAGAUGAUUUAAGUGAAGCAUUUUCUCAUGCUUUAAUCAACCCUGGGCCAGAUGUUGUUAUUCUGGAUGAAGGGCAUUAUAUUAAGAAUACCAACACUAAACUAUUAAAAAGCUUAACACAAAUCAGAACAAAAAGAAGAAUAGUAUUAACUGGAACUCCAAUGCAAAAUUCUCUUAAAGAAUAUUACACAAUGGUAGAUUUUGUUAAACCUAACAUAUUGGGAAAUUUUAAAGAAUUUACUACAACAUUUAUAAAACCAAUUAAUUCAGGUCAAUUUUUAGAAUCUAGUGAAGAAGCUGUUAGAGUUAUGAAACAACGUACAUUCAUUUUACAUAAACUUUUAGAAUAUUGUGUCCAUCGUAUUGAUGAUCAAGAUUUAAAACCUUUAUUUACAGAAAAAAUUGAAUAUACAAUAGAAGUAAAUAUGACUGAGUUUCAAUGUGAAUUAUAUCAGAAGUUCUUAAAUAAUGAUAAAACAUCUAAUGAUAGUUCUAGUGUAUUUUUACGUUUACACAUCUUAACAUUAAUAACUCUACAUCCAUUAACAUUAUACAGAUUGAUUCAUUAUAAUACCAAGCAACCAGAGUUUGGAACUGCUUCAUUUGAUCAAAAAUUUACUAAGGAUUUGAUGUGGAUAUUAGAUUAUAAAGAUGAUCCAAGAUUUUUCGAAGCUAAACAAAGUAAUAAAAUAAUUUAUGUUUUAAAUGUGAUUGAUGAGUGCCAGAAAAAAAAUGAAAAAGUACUUUGUUUUUUAAAAUCUCCAUUAGCUUUAGAUGCCUUAGAAUAUUUUUUACAAAAAAAAUUGAAUUGGGUUUUAGGAAAUGAUUAUUUAAGAAUGGAUGGAAAAACACCAUUGCCUAUACGAAAUCAAAUGUGCGAAGCAUUUAAUAAUCCUGACAAUCCCUCUAAACUUUUUAUAUUAUCUAUGGGUACUAGUGUUCUAGGAUAUAAUAUGGUAGGUGCAAAUAGAGUAUUAUUACUAAGUACAUCGUGGAAUCCAAGUAACGAUAUACAAGCUAUUUAUAGAUGUUUAAGAUUUGGGCAGAAAAAAACCGUUUAUGUCAACAGAUUGUUAGCUAAAGGAACUGUAGAGCCAAAAGCAUAUUAUCGGCAAAUUUCUAAACUGGGAAUGGCUAGGAGUGUUGUAGAUUUGCAGCAUAUGAGUAGAAAAGUAUCAUAUGAUCAAACUAAUGACUUAUUUACUUUUGAUCCAUCAAAACAUUAUUCCACUUUACUUCCUAACACCAAGGAUCCAGUACUGAACCAGUUAAUCAGGAAUAAUUUUGGAAAAAUAAAUAAUUUAAAAGAACAUGAUUCUAUGCUUGUUGAGUCUGUAGAUGAUCAAUUGACACCUGAUGAGCGUAAAAAUCUUUGGCUAUCAUUUAAGAACAGUGCAUUAGGAAAAAAAAGUUUGAUUACCCCAAAACCACUAAAUAAAUUACAGAAAAAUUUACAUCAAAAUACACAUAACACUCUGAUAGUAAAUGAAGAUAUUAAACAAGAACCAAAUAAUGCAGAUUUUACUCCUACAAAUAGUUUCCAAUGUGAUGCACAAGUUUCUCCUUCAAACUCAAAUGAAGAUAUAAAUUCUAAACGACUAAACACAUAUUUCAAUAACUCUAUUCCAACAACGUCACCUUCAUUUACUGGAAAACACACACAAUUUACUAAUUUGGGUCCAGAAAAUGUUAAUACAACUGAUAGACGUAAUAAGUGGAAAAAUGUUGAAUCUAUACAAAACCAAUUUAGAAAUUUUCAAAAUAAAUCCUUCAGUCGCCAUAAGAGAUAUCCUACUACUAAUAAUCAUCCUUAUCAAUUAGCUCCACGAAUUCCAUUAGGAUCGUCAACUUUUAAAAAUCCAUCAUCAACUUUAAGAAAUCCAUCAGCAGCAUCAACUCCAAGGUAUUCAUCUAACAACAAUUCGAACACUUCUAAAAAAAAAACUUGGUCUAAUUCCAAUUACCGUACACCAGCUGACAAUAAUAUUCUGAAUCGUUCUGGAAUGUCUAAAUGAACAUUGGAUAAUAAUAAUAAUAAUAUCUUACAUAUUUUAUAUUUCAUAAUAUCUAAUGCAAAUUAUUGUAAAUAUUAAUAGGAAUAGUACUAAAUUUACAAAUUUUUAUUAUACAUUAAUUUUUUUUUUUUUAAACUAAAUAUUAGUAUGAUUUUAGUGUUUAUUCUAUAUAUAUACUAAGUUAAUUAUUUUGUGUUUGAAAUUAAUCUAUAGAUUAUUAUUCUGUAAAUAACUUAUAAAAAAUUAUGAACAUGAUUUACAUAAUAUAUAUUAUAUAAUAAUACUGGUUGGUCAUUAUUGUUUAACUAUCAAUUACCAUAAAAAAACUUUCUAUAAAAACUUACAACAAUAACCUUGUUAACAAAAAAAUACAUGUUUACUUUUUACUUAAAUAGACAAAUAAACUCUCAUUUUAACCUGGUUAUAAAAUAUUUAUAUAGUUGAAGCAAUAUAACAAUAAAAAAAAUUACAGUAUAUUAUUAGUAUAUUUAAUUGCUAUCAAAGUGUAUUUAUACUUUAAAUAGUUAUGUUUAGUAACUUAACUUCUAUUUUGAAACAACAUGAUCAAAAUAAUAAAGCAAUACUUAAAUAAUGAAUUUUGAAAAUUCCAUUCUAAAUUAAAUUAAAAAAUAAUAAUUUGCAGGAACACUGGUUUAAGAAAAGAUAUAUCAUCAGACAAAACUACACGGAGAGAUAUCAUGUGUAAUGCAUUGGUUGUGGAAGAAGAUUAUUUUGUUGCUCCAGCAAAUAAAAAAGUUUAA